AUGCACUCGUUCUGCAGCUCAAAGCUGCUUACAGCGGCGCUGGGCGCCAUCCUUUCUUUCACCGCACCCUCGCCAGUAGCAGCAGCACCUACUCCGCAGGCCGCCAGCUCGGUAUCCAGCACUUCUUCUUAUUGGCUUGCCAACCCCAAAUUCCACCAGAACCGGCCAGUCUUGGGCAACCCUGAUGCCUCCUACCCCGUCUGGCGCAAUGUCAUGGACUUUGGUGCCAAGGGCGAUGGUGUGACCGAUGACACCAACGCUAUCAACAUUGCCAUCAACGCUACGUACGCUUCAAGCGGCUCCCCGGGAUCCCUCACCAGAUGUGGCGUCGGCUGCAACUCCUCGACCACUGUGCCGGCCGGUGUUUACUUCCCCGCAGGCACGUAUCUCGUCAGCACACCAAUCAUUAUGGAAUACUACACCCAAAUGAUUGGCGAUCCGACCAACCCGCCUACUCUCCUCGCGGCGUCAAACUUUGUGGGCAUGGCUGUGGUUGACUCUAACCCUUACGGCAUGUAUGGCGUCAAUUGGUACAUCAACCAGAACAACUUCUUCCGCCAGGUUCGCAACUUUGUGAUUGACAUCAGGCAAUGGGGAGGCGGUGCGGCUGGUGCGGGCAUUCACUGGCAAGUCGCACAAGCAACAUCCCUGCAGAACAUAGUGUUCAAGAUGUCCACCAACUCUGGCACCAAGCAGCAAGGCAUCUUCAUGGACAAUGGCAGUGGUGGUUUUAUGGCCGACCUUGUCUUCGAAGGCGGCCUGUACGGCGCCUUCCUCGGCAACCAGCAGUUCACCUCGAGGAACUGGACCUUCAACAACUGCCAAACUGGCAUUUUCAUGAACUGGAACUGGGGCUGGACACUGUCGGACAUGACGUUCAACAACUGCGGUACCGGUAUUGACAUGUCCAACAGCCCAACCAACCAGACCGUCGGGUCUGUAGUCGUCUCCGACAGCACCUUUAGCGGCGUUACCUACGGCAUCAAGUCCGCCUUCCUGCUGAGCGGGAAUGUUCCAGCAACAGGCGGGACCCUAGUUGUCGACAACUGUGACAUGACUGGUGCCACGCACGCAGUCGUUGACGUGAACAGCAACCAGCUCCUGGCAGGUGGCAACACCGUGGUAUCAUGGGGUUCUGGCAACGUCUACGACCAUAGCGGCACGCCGAAGCUUACCCAAGGCGCUCUUACGCCACCCAUGAAGAACUCGCAACUCACUACGGCAGGCAACAAGAUCUUCUCACGCACCAAGCCGCAGUACGAGAGGGUUGACGCUAGCCAGUUCUUAUCAGCUAUCACUGACGGUGGUCUGAAGGGCGAUGGCACGACCGAUGACACCAGCGCCAUGCAGUCGUUCUUGAACAAUGCCGCUAGCCAGAACAAGAUCGCCUAUUUCGACCAUGCAACCUACCGCGUCACGCAGACCGUGGUAGUCCCCGAGAAUGUGAAGAUUGUCGGCGAAGUCUGGUCAACCAUCUUAGCCACGGGCUUUACCGAUUCGACGAAGCCAACACCAGUAUGGCAAAUCGGUACCCCGGGUCAGACCGGCUACGUCGAAAUCAGUGACAUGUUGUUCGAAAUGCAAGGCUCGAACCCGGGCGCCAUAAUGAUCGAGUGGAACCUCAACUCGGCUCAAGGCAAGUCCGGCAUCUGGGAUACGCAUGUGCGCAUGGGAGGCUCGGCCGGGUCCAAUUUGCUUUAUAGCAACUGCGCGGCAGUGAAGCAAAGUGCCGACGUCAACCAAGACUGCGUUGCCGGCUUUAUGAUGUUCCAUGCAACCCCAUCCUCCGGUGGCGUCUAUCUAGAGAACGUCUGGCUCUGGACCGCAGACCAUGACAUGGAGGACCCAUUGAACAGACAAAUCUCGGUCUAUAACGCCCGCGGCAUGCUCAUCCAGUCGCAAGGUCCGGUCUGGCUAUGGGGUACCGCCUCUGAACACAGCGUUAUGUAUAACUACCAGUUCGACGGAGUGAAGGCUCUCUUCGCCGGCUUCAUCCAAACGGAGACGCCAUACAUGCAGCCAUACCCAUUGGUGCCCACGCCGUUCCAGUACAACAACGCCUACGAUGACCCCACCUUCACCAUCUGCACCGGCUCCGACGCCACCAGCACCAACGUACCCUGCAAGGACGCCUGGGGGCUUCGCAUAGUGAACAGUAACGAUGUCAUGAUCAUGUCUACUGGCAUGUACAGCUUCUUCAACGGUUACACGCAGGACUGCGUGCCGGGCCAGAACUGCCAGGAGAACAUGAUACGCAUUCAGAACAGCCAUGUCAGCAUGUACGCGGUCACGACCAAGGCCGCUGUCAACAUGAUUAUCGAUGACAAUGGCAACACAGUCAAGGGCGCUGACAACCGUAACGUGUUCGGCGAUACGGUGUGCUACUACAACACCAACGGCGGCAACUCGACCUCGUGA